GAGCCGAUGCUAAUUGGUGUAGCCUGCAGCUUGGCCGGCGGAGUUGAGUCCCCACGUGAAUUUUGGGAGACGAUGAUCAAUGGAGAAAUCAAGCUCUCCGAAACGAUUCCCAAGUCACGCUUCAACAUCGAUGCUUACUUUCGCGAGGACUCUCUGGGUCGACCGGGGGCCAUUGCCUCCAAAGGCGGCUUCUUCCUCAACACCGACACGCACGCAUUUGACGCCGAGUUCUUCGGCAUCAGUGCCGAUGAAGCGAAGCACAUGGACCCUCAGCAGUUCCGCAUCCUCGAAAGUGUCUACGAAUGCCUUGAGUCUGCGGGCAAAACACUGCAGGAUAUCAAGGGAACCAAUACGGCUGCUUACAUUGGUACCUUUGGCUUGGACCAGGUCAUUGCAUCGGUCCGACACGGCUACGACGAUCGCCACCUUCACGAGGUCGCCGGCGUUGACCCGGGGUUGUUGAGCGCCCGAGUGUCUUACUUUUUCGAUCUGAACGGACCAACAUACACCACCAAUGCGGGCUGCACGAGCAGUCUUUUCGCACUCCACACCGCUGCCAUGGCUCUCCGUGGAGGAGAAGUUCCGGCCGCCAUCGUUGGAGGCGUCAAUCUCGUGCUCGGACCCGAAGCAUACUCCAGCUAUUCCAAAUUUGGUAUCAUGUCUCCAGAUUCCAUGUGCCACUCUUACGACGCUCGAUGCAAUGGCUACGCCCGUGCCGAAGGAUCUGGGGCGUUGUACGUCAAGCUACUAUCCGACGCAAUCCGGGACAACGACCCCAUUCGUGGCGUUGUGCGGUCCAUUGCCGUCACGGCAAAUGGCAUGAUUCCGGAUACGCCGCUUUUCAUCCCAAACGAGGCCGGCAUGGCCAAGUGUCUGGAUCUCGCCUACUCACAGGCAGGGCUGGAUCCCGCGGAGACUGCGUACGUCGAGACCCAUGGCGUUGGAAUGAUUCCCGGAGAGAUUGCCGAAGCGCACUCGAUCGGAAAAUUCAUGAACAACCCUACACGACGAGCUAAACCGCUCCCCAUCGGCUCUCUCAAGCCGAACUUUGGCCACCAGGAGGGUGCCAGUGGAAUUUUCAUCCUCAUGAAAGCCGCCAUGAUGACCGAGGCUGGUGUCAUCCCCGGCCACGUGAAUUUCAAUUCGGCACAUCCU